AUGUUGGCCCUCGUUGCCUUGUGUCUCAGUCUCGCCUCUAGCGCCCUGGGUGCGUCCUGGAUCGCACCAGGCGCCGUCUGGCAGGACACUGACGGCAACAAAAUCGAUGCUCAUGGUGGUGGCGUCGUGAAGCGUGGAGAUACCUUUUACUGGGUCGGUCAAGCAGCCAGCAACCAAAGCCCGCAAAUGUAUUCCUCCACCGACCUCCUCAACUGGAAGAAUCUCGGGAGCCAAGCCAGUUCUGUGACAGGGAUGUGGAGGCCCAAGAUUGCGAAGCCGAAUGGAUCAUUCUGGCUCUACGGUCAACAGGAUCGCUAUGUUCUCUCUCUCAAAUCGGCACAAUUCCUGGGAGGAUAUAGCCAGUCGGCAAAGGUCCACCUACCACCAAACGAUUAUUCCUAUUCCGACACCGGCAUGUUCUAUGAUGAGAGUUCAGGCAAGAAGACUUGGUACCUCCUCACAAGUGCCGACCACAACGUCGUCCAAAUCAACCGCCUCAACGCCGAUGGCGCAGUCGGCGAUCAAGUAUCAAACCUCAUCGCCGGUGCAUACGAAGCCCCCGGCAUCGUCAAGGCGGAUAACGUCUACUUCCUCAUCGUCUCGGGCAAGACCGGCUGGCGCUCCAACCCCAACAAAGUAUUUUCAUCCAGCUCCAUAAAUGGUCCCUGGACUGGAGGCUCGGAUAUUGCGCCCGCGGCCGAAAAUACGUACGGGUCACAGAACACCUUCGAGUUGACGAUCAAGGGGUCCCAAGCCACGACUUACAUAUAUAUGGGUGAUGCGUGGGAUUCUACGGGCGGCGCAAGCUCGAACUACGUGUGGUUGCCGAUGAAUAUCAAUACUGGGGCCAAGACUAUUCAGCUGCAGUACCACGCGAUGUGGAAGGUUGAUGUCAACACCGGAGUCGUGAGCUAUCCUGCUACGAAGAAGCGAUAUGAAGCAGAGGAUGCAGAUUUGUCUGGCAGGUCAGUCGUCAAGGGCUGCGAUCACUGCCUGAGCAAACGCUCCGUCCACCAAGGCUAUUCCAGCGAAGUUACCUUCCGCAACGUAACUGGCACCGGUUCUAAGCAGUGGCUCUCAUUCCACUACCGUGUAUCGAACCCCGAAGCUGGCGAGGCCCACAUCCUCGUUAACGAUGAGCCAGCCAUCAACAUCUCCAGCCUGAAUUCGCGCGCGGGAUACCACAACUCCAUUCCCGUGCAGUUGACUCUCAAGCCGGGCGACGUGAACACGAUUACAUUUGGAUCAACUGGCAAAGAAGACUUUGAAGUGUCCGUGGAUGGCAUCGAGCUCUUCGAGCAAGAUGACGAGGAGCUAUAA